CCCCUCGCCUCACGCAACACACAACCCUCUUGCGGUUAACUGCUCAAUCUAUAUGAGAUUCUCCCCUGUCUGCGCCCUACAUCAGACGACCAACAUUCCUGGGCACCUUGGACUUCCUCUCGUCGACACAGAUCGCCCUCCUUAGUACCACCUGCUCUACCCGCAACCCUCUGGCAUAACUCUGCUCUUCCCUAUGGGCUAAAUUCGUCUAUAUUUGGUAUCGGAUCCAGGUCGCCUGCUCCGUCGUAACAAGAAAACCUCAACUCCUCCAGCACGCAUACAGAUAGAUACAUAGACCUGCAGCACUCAUCUUCCGCUGUAUAACACACCCCGCACACACGCCAACUCGCGACCUUUGAUCUCGCCACUAUACACAAUGUACGCUCUCAAGCCGACGUCUUUCUUCCGCCCAUCCAGCCGCCCCACUUCUCCUGUUCCCGCACCUCGCCAGGAGGUCCCAGUGGUUGGUGACCGGGCUGCACGUCCCUUGUCCAAGCUAUCUUUGUCCACAUUCCGCAAGCCAUCCCCUUCCCCCGUCUCACUGCCCGCCGGGGCAGCGGCACCGUCUACGGUCGUUCAGGAUGGCUCCUUUAUGGAAGUCCUCAGCCUAAAGCUGAGCGAGGCUGUCUCCAGGGCCCUCGCUCAGCCUACCGGUCCCGCAGCACCCGGAGAGCUGCUUGCGGGCAGGCGGCCGAUACCCUCCGGACGCGGGCGCGCUCUUGGCGCCCUCAUUGUUUCUGAAAUCAACGCCUCCCGGGAGAACCCCCACGUAUACCGCGCGGUCAUACGGACCCUGCAGCGGCCGCUUUCUGUGCUCUCCACCAACCUCUCUAGCAACCUCGUGUCUCUCAUCUCCUCACCGGCCUUCGGCAGCCCUGCAGCCCCCACUCCUCAGAACCCCGAGCUCAACGCCACUCAACUCCAUGCGGUCUCCCUUGCCACCUUCGCAGGCGAGUUAUUGGAGUCAUUCGAUGAGAUUGGUCUUGGAUUUGAAGUGGACACCAGAGGUGAGAGUCUCAGGAGCAUUCGGGAAGGGCUGGUCUCCAUCGUCAAGCGUGUCGUGGAUCCCCUCAUUGCGGGCAUCAAGCAUGAGCUUCUCCCCAUCCUCGACGCCCUGGAGACUGCCCCUUCGCCUCCGGUGGGUCCCACUAGUUCUGCGGGGAAGUCGUCAGGAGGAAUCAAGUCUCCGGUGCCCCAUCCUGCGAUUAUGACUCUGCAAGCCACGAUACCCAUUCAUGCGCGUGCGCUGUCGCGCAUCGUGGCUUCGGCGUACGCGGAGAACGCUCUGGCUUCCCUCGUCAUCUCGCUCAUCUGGCGCGGGAUGGUGGCCCUCGCUCACCGUCCCACUCUGUUGCCGUCUCCGCCAUCCUCGCCUUCUAUGGGUACAAUCGCUCUUCUGAAGUCGAAGGACUCGAAGAAGACUCUUGGUGGUCAGACUCCCGCUAGUCCCCCAGCAACGCCUCCUGCGAGUCGCUUCACGCUUAAGCUGCCGCCUUCUCGCCCUCCAUCGCCGCCAUCGGUCAUCUCACGGGGACCGACGGUGGCUGCCGACGCGCGCACACUCUAUAAUCUUCUCAACCAGCUCCCGAAGCCGUCCCUCAGCAAGGAGCAGACCCGCCUCGCACGUGAGGUCGUCGACGAGGCCUUCGAUGGCCUCAGCGCGUUCAUCGCGCUCCUUGAGUCCAUACAAGUGCAUACCCCGCCCGUACGCUCCAGUUCAGGCACUGGCAGUGCGAACACGAGCCCGAAGGUGACUCCCCUCGCGGACCUCGAGGCGGACCUCGACCUACUCACAGCCGACAUCCCGAUUGUGAUCGCGCUUCCGCUCCUCCUUCGGACGUACUUGCCUGGGGAGCGUUCGGUCCCUGCGAUCCUUGGGCUGGGCGAGGUAGAGUACCGGAAGAACUGCCUCAGUGGGUUUGGGCGUGCGGAGGAGUGCGGAGUCGCGGUGGGCCAGCGUGUACUGGACGUCCUCCGCGCGCAGGGUUCGGGGGGCGCAGACGCAGAGCCGCUGUUGAAGUGGUUGGAGAGAGAGCUGAAGACGGCGAGGGCGGAGAGGGACGAGGGAGAUGUGGUGAUGCACGGGCAUUGACUAUAUGGCUGUGGGCUUCAUGCUUUGGGCUCAAUAUCUGGGCGUGCGUGCCGUUCGCUCCAGGGUUUUCGUGGAUCUAGUUUUGAGUGCGUUCGGAGAUGUGAUAUGUGGACGUGGACGUAUUAUUUCGAUGACAAUAUCAUUAUUUGUGCCAUCUGU